AUGCCGCUGCUGCUGGUGCUACUCAUCCUUCUGGCCGCCACGCUGCUGCUUUGCAAAUGGCGGGGCAAUCACUGGCGUCGCCUGGGACUGGAGGCGCCGUUUGGCUGGCCGUUGGUUGGGAAUAUGCUGCACUUUGCCCUGGCACGACGCUCCUACGGCGAGGUUUACCAGCAAAUCUACACUCAGCACCCGAACCUGAAGUAUGUGGGCUUCUAUCGCCUGUUCAACGAGCCCGCCAUUCUGCUGCGCGACCAGGAGCUGCUGCGCCAGAUCCUGGUGGGCAGUGACUUUGCCAGCUGUGCGGACAACGCCGUCCAUGUGGACCACCAGCGCGAUGUCCUGGCCAGCCACAAUCCCUUCCUCGCCAACGGCGAUCGCUGGCGCCGCUUGAGAGCCGACCUGCUGCCACUCUUCACACCCAGUCGCAUGCGUCAGACCUUGCCGCAUGUGGCACAAGCCUGUCAGUUGCUGCGGCAACAGGUGCCCCACGGACGCUUCGAGGCCAAGGACUUGGCCACGCGCUAUACGCUGCAAGUGGUGGCCUCGGCGAUCUUCGGUCUGGAUGCUCACUGCCUGGGCAGUCACAGCAGGGUGGCGCCACCAAGUCGCUGGCUGGAGUGGCUGGCUCCGCUCUUUCAGCCGAGUGCGUGGAGUUUGCUGGAGACCAUGUCACUGCUGCACUCGCCUCGCUUGGCACGACUCAUUGGCCACCGAUACGUACCGCUGUCGCUGCAGCGCUGGUUCAGGGAGCUGGUGGCAGCUAGAAGUGGUGGCGACAACCUGCUCCAGUGGCUGGCGGAGAGCAAGAGGGGCUUGGAAGAGGAGCAGCUAGCAGGCCAUGCCACCACUCUGCUGCUUGAGGGAUAUGAAACCUCGGCGAUGCUGCUGGCCUUCGUCCUCUACGAAUUGGCGCUCAAUGAGGCUGCCCAGCAACGUCUGCAUAGCGAAUUGGAUGCAGUGGCUCAGCGCCACGCCGGCCAACUGCUGAACCAGGUGGCUCUGGCUGAGCUACGCUAUGGUGAAGCUGCGCUCUUGGAGGCACUGCGUCUGCACCCGGCCAUGCAGGCGCUGCAGAAGCGCUGCACCAAGUCGUUCACGCUUCCUGCCCAGAAAUCAGGCGCGAACAGCGAACUCCAUGUGGCUGUGGGCACUGUGCUGGUGCUGCCCGUGCAGGCCAUUCAUCUAGAUCCCGAAUUGUAUCCGGCACCCAACGAGUUUCGCCCAGAUCGCUUUCUCAAUCAGCCACCGAUGGGUUGUCGGUUCCUCGGCUUCGGUGCUGGACCACGAAUGUGUCCGGGUUGGCGACUGGGCCUGCUCCAGACGAAGGCUGCCCUGGCCACACUGCUGCAGGAGCACCGCGUCCUGCUGGCGGACGAGGAGCAGUGCAGGGUGCAGGUGUCGCCGCUCACCUUCCUCACCGCCAGCAGGAGGGGCAUUUGGCUGCGUUUCCAGCGAAGGACAACUUCAUAG